CCUUCACUCACAGUCUCACACUCUCUCUGCCGCUCCGCCUCUCCUCAUCGUCUCUCUCUCUCUGUCUCUGUCUCUCCUCACUACUUCGUGUUGUGGGAAGGUUCUAUCUCUCACAUAUACACACACAUUUAUUUGUUUUGGCAUCGAUUUUUGCGCUUGAUUCUUGUUCCUCGUUCUCUGCGAAUCAACUGGGUCUUUCUACCACCGUCUUUCCUCAGUGUAACCAUGGAGGACAACACAACCCCAACAGCCGCAGCUCCAGCUCCAGCUCCAAUGUGGAGCAGCAUAGUGAAGAGCCAACCACCUCCAAAGCCCAACCCUGAAACCCCAGCCCCUUCAACUGGAGUCUUCAUUGUCGACAACAACAACUGCAACUCCAUAAAGGGCAUAGCGGUGGCUGUAGUCGAUGCCAACGCCUUAAUCGAAGGUGGCGAUAAACUCACCCGCAGUGCCGACAAAUUGGUCACUGUCCCUGAGGUCAUGGCCGAGGUCCGUGACCCUGCCUCCCGUCACCGCCUCUCCUUCCUCCUCCCUUCCUCCCUCCACUCCAUGGACCCCUCCCCCGACUCCCUCAACAAAGUUAUAAAGUUUGCGAGGGCGACCGGUGACUUACAGACACUAUCAGAUGUUGAUUUAAAAUUGAUUGCAUUGACUUAUACAUUGGAGGCUCAGAUUCAUGGGACCAAACAUAUUAGGGACUGUCCUCCACCUGUCCAUGUGGUCAAUGCGAAAAGAUUACCUGAGAAGGAAUUGCCAGGCUGGGGUUCCAAUGUGCCCAAUUUGGGAGAAUGGGAAGCAUUAGAACGUGCAUCGGUUGGGGAUGGUGGUAUGUCGAAUUCCAAUUCGAGAAUCCUACCUUUGCAGGACUUGAACUUGAAUGUUGUGGAUGAUAAGGAUUCGGAGCAUGGUUUGAAGGUUGGUUCUGAGAAUCAAGAGGGGGAGGUGGAAGGUGGUGUAAGUGGGGUGAGGCCUAGGAGAUUUUUGCCAAAGAAGAAAGAGGUAACGAUUGAAGGGAAGAAGAUGGUUGCGAGUGGCAUAGAUGCGUCUCAAGGAGAGUUUGAUGAGGAUGCUGGUGAUUGGAUGCCUGCUGUUAGUCGAAGUACUCAUAGACGGUUUCUUAGAAGGAAAGCUAGGCGUGAACAUUAUGAGGCGAUGGCUGAAAAGGAUGCUCAAGAGGAUGCUGAAAAAAAUAGGGAUAUCAAUGUUGUUGAGGAUGGUAGAAGCUUGGAAAAUGAGAUUAAGGAGGGGGAGAAUGGUGAUGAAAGUUUAUCUACGAUUUUGGAACAAAUGAGGUUGGAAGAAGAAGAAGAAGACACGUCGAAUGGUCUUCUUCUAGAGGGGAAUGAGCUGGACAUAUCUUCUGAGAGGCUUGGAUCCAGUAAUCCUGAAUUAGCAGGGCAUUCGUUUGAGAGCAAUGAAGCUGAGGUAGAUGGUGAAGAUGAGGUUGAUAUAGUUAAUGAAGGAUUGGACCAUGUGGAGAUGUCAAGCCAGGCCGAUCAAAGUGUUGAUGCAUCCUAUGCUGAUGAUGGUAGUAGUGAGCAAAGCUGGAUGCUGAGAUCGUUGUCUGAGUCCAGUGUGGCCUGUGUAACUAGUGACUUCGCAAUGCAAAAUGUUCUUCUACAGAUGGGUUUACGCUUGCUGGCACCUGGAGGAAUGCAGAUACGACAGCUGCACAGGUGGAUUCUGAAAUGCCAUGCAUGCUAUACAGUGACUGCUGAGAUUGGGAGGAUUUUCUGCCCAAAGUGUGGAAAUGGUGGCACUUUACGCAAGGUAGCUGUUACAGUUGGUGAAAAUGGAAUUGUUUUAGCAGAUCGUCGGCCACGGAUUAGAUUGCGUGGCACUAAAUUUUCACUGCCUUUACCCCAGGGUGGAAGGGAGGCCAUUACCAAGAACCUCAUCUUGCGUGAAGAUCAACUCCCACAAAAGUUUCUUCAUCCCAAGACAAAGAAGAAAAUGAAUAAGCAGGGAGACGACAUCUUCACUGCAGAUGACUUCGGCCGCCAUGUUGAUAAAAGAGCCCCCCUGCAGCCUCCUAUAAGAAAGGCAUUAGCAGUUUUCAGUGGAAAGAGGAAUCCUAAUGACAACCAUUUUUCUCGUUCUAAGCAUUAGUUGGUUAACUGAAAUUUUGUUCUCUCUGUUUUCUUGGAAAAUGUAUCAAAACUGGUUUUGAUAUUUAAAAGUUUAAUGCCACCAAAGUGGUGAAAGCUUUUUCGUCUUGAGUGAGACCUCUAGUGAACUGUCACCUAUGAUUACUAUGUUCUAUAGAUAUUUUGCUUAAAAUGUGAGCUCAGUUUUGGUCAGGUUUUACCUUUUA